GACUGUCACACUCAGUAGGAAGGGUCCAAUAAGUCAAAUGUAUAUUUCCCCAUUAUACUGCUUAUCUAACCUAGUCCCAAAUCGUUUUGUCCUGUGUAGCCUCAGGACAAUGACCAUAGGAGUUGGCAAGAUGUCACAAACAGAUCUGGGAUCAGGCUAGUGCUUACCUAGUCAUUUGAAUGUUGAGCUCACUCUGUUCCCAGUGCUAUUAAAAAUCUGUCAUUCUGCCCCUGAGCAAGGCAGUUAACCUACUGUACCCCAGGUGCCGAAGACGUGGAUGUUGAUUAAGGCAGCCCUCUGCACCUCUAAUUCAGAGAGGUUGGGUUAAAUGCGGAAGACACAUUUCGGUUGAAGGUAUUCAAUUGUAUAACUGACUAGGUAUCCCCCUUUCUCUAAACAACUGACGAGGUAUCCCCCUUUCUCUAAACAACUGACUAGGUAUCCCCCUUUCCCUAUACAACUGACUAGGUAUCCCCCCUUCCCUAUACAACUGACUAGGUAUCCCCCUUUUCCUAUACAACUGACUAGGUAUCCCCCUUUCCCUACACAACUGACUAGGUAUCCCCCUUUCCCUAUUCAACACCUUAUUGGAUAAACCAGAGCAAAGUGUGUCGCAGGGGAAACCUUACUGCUGUGGUGCUGUAACACAUCUGAGAUGAUGCUACGUGUUAUGUCAUGGAGACAGCCAGCUGACAGUCUGGUGUCGUCACAACCACAACAGAACAGUGUGGGAAAUAAACUUACCCCAGCAAUACUGUAAAAUUCUGAAUUAACCGAUUAUUUGACCAGAGAGAAGUCCAUAAGAUUUCAACAGUCUAUUGGGUCUGUCUAUCCAGUAGGCUAAGUGAUGUCAGUAUACCACCGGAAGUCAAACUGGAGAACAAUGCAGUGGGUAACAUAAUUGUGAUUUCAUGCUGUAAGCAGAGCUCGAAGGGGAAAAGCACUGAUGUAGAAUGAGCUAAAAGAGUUUUGAUGUUCUACUUCCCACAAACACACAGUCCCAUAGAAUCCCAUAGCUCUGUGAUGCUUCCUAGUGGUGGGUUAAUGUAACUAACUGUCACACCACACAACAUGUGCAUGCUCCAGGCAGUGGGAGGAGGAAAUGGCUGAGCAGGGAGGCAGUCACUGUGGCAGACAUGUGCGUGGCGGAUAGGUGGGGUGGCAGUGCUCAGCCAUCGCAACCACAUUGCUGCUGGAGACACAUGGGGGCUCCUGACGCCUACUCGGCCCAGACCACAAUAUGAGUUGAUCCAAUAAGAAUAUCUGAAAUGGCCCAAACAGCACCAAUAUAUAUGAGCGUUCCGUAAGAUGGGACCUAUUUUAUAAGACUCAUGCUGUAACAUAAUCAGGCCAUGGUUAGGGGAUAACUACAGUACCAGUCAAAAGUUUGGACACACCUACUCAUUCAAGGGGUUUUCUUUGUUUACUGUUACUACAUGAUUCUACAUUGUAGAAUAAUAAUAAUAUAUAUUAUUAUAUAUUAUUAUAUAUUAUUGUAGAAUAAUAGUGAAGACCUCAAAUGAAAUAACACAGAAUCAUGUAGUAACCAAAAAAGUGUAAAACAAAUCAAAAUAUAUUUUCUUGAAAAUUGCCACCCUUUGCCUUGAUGACAGCUUUACACACUCUUGGCAUUCUCGCAACCAGCUUCAUGAGGUAGUCCCCUGGAAUGCAUUUCAAUUAACAGGUUUGCCUGGUUAAAAAUUAAUUUGUGGAAUUUCUUUCCUUGAUGUGUUUGAGCCAAUCUCACCAACAAUGCUUUGCUCUGUUAUGAGUCAAGAUGUUGCCAGAUUAUUAUUUUUUAAAUACGUUUAAGUACUUUAUGUAUAUCAGGGCUAUAUGAGGUAAUAGAAAAGAUGCAUAACAGCUUGAUAACUAUGAUCCAAUCCAGUACCAUUAUUAUGUUGACUAUCAAUAAUUUAUACAGUAUAGGUUUUUAGAUGGUACAGAAUGUCAAAACUACAUCAUGUCGACUGAAAAGUAGAACUGUAUUGAUUGUUUUGAUUUGUGCUGAGAAAUGAGUUACCGGCCAGUUAAUUUCCCCACCAGUUUGCUGACGUGCAAAGAUCACCACAUCAGUAUCAAUUGGCCUUUCAACAAGUAAUGCUCUGUUUUAAUCCUGAAAUGACAUUUUCAUCAUUUCUACCUCUACAUUUACACCAUCAUCUUCAGGAUCAUUGAGAUGAACAACUGCCCUCCACUCGCGGUCAAGAAUCACCCGAUCGUUGAGAUGAACAACGGCAGUCCUCCGCUGACCUUCAAGAGGUUCCAGGCCUUAGUGAACAGGCUUGAGCUGCCUAUGAAACCCCUGCCCACCAUCACUCAAGAACAGAUGGGCAGUUGUCGGACGAAGAUCGCUGAUAACCACGACGAACACUACAGUGUCCCCUCUCUGGAAGAGCUUGGAUUCAAGACUCAAGGCCUGGACCCUGCGGUGUGGAAGGGAGGGGAGUCUGAAGCACUAGAGAGACUCAACAAACACUUAGACAGAAAAGCCUGGGUAGCUAGCUUUGAGCGAGCCAGGAUCAACAUGUGUUCGCUGCUCGCCAGUCCCACGGGCCUCAGCCCCUAUCUACGCUUUGGAUGCUUAUCAUGUCGAGUCUUCUACUACAACCUGAGGGAACUCUACAUGAAGUUGCGGAAGAAUUGCAGUCCCCCGCUCUCUUUAUUCGGCCAGCUCCUGUGGAGAGAAUUCUUCUAUGCAGCGGGAACCAACAACCCUAACUUCGACCGGAUGGAGGGCAACCCCAUCUGUGUUCAGAUCCCCUGGGACCAUAACCCUGAGGCCCUGGCCAAGUGGGCAGAGGGGAGCACAGGCUUCCCCUGGAUAGAUGCUAUCAUGACACAGCUGAGGCAAGAGGGCUGGAUCCACCACCUGGCCAGACACGCAGUGGCCUGCUUCCUGACUCGGGGAGACCUGUGGAUAAGCUGGGAGAGUGGCAUGAGGGUGUUUGAGGAGCUGCUCCUGGAUGCAGACUGGAGUGUGAACGCAGGCAGCUGGAUGUGGCUCUCCUGCAGUGCCUUCUUCCAGCAGUUCUUCCACUGUUACUGCCCUGUGGGCUUCGGAAGGAGGACAGACCCCAGCGGAGACUACAUCAGGCGCUACAUUCCUAAAUUGAAGGACUAUCCCAACCGAUACAUCUAUGAGCCGUGGAGAGCCCCAGAGUCUGUCCAGAAGGCAGCCAACUGCAUCGUGGGAGUAGACUACCCCAAGCCCAUGAUCAACCACGCAGAGGGCAGCAGGCUCAACAUAGAGAGAAUGAAGCAGGUCUAUCAGCAACUCUCCCACUACAGAGGCCUCAGUCUCCUGGCAUCUGUGCCCACCAUUCAGGAAGAGGCAGAGCCUCCCCCGACAGACGACUCUCAGGCCAGUAGCAGCACCUGUGAGUCACCCCCACACACUUCGUCUGCCCAGUCCAACACUCUGAAGAGAGGCAGGUCUUCCGAACCACAAAGCACCCAGAUGUGCACCCACACAAAACACCAGCACACCAGCACUGCCAAAGGAGACCAGGAGCAAUGGGAGGAACAGUCAGAGCAUCAGCCAGUGGAUCUGCAGUGACACACGGAUCUUGCCAUGUGGGAUGGUGUAUAACAGAAGGACAUGGCAGAAGACCUCUGAUGUCCUGCGCUCACCCCAUCCUUGUGGCAAGACGGGUCACAUACAUACACAUACACACACAUACACCCCUAUCCUUGUGGCAAGACGAGUCACAUACAUACACACACACACACACACACACACUCUUAUCCUUGUGGCAAGACGAGUCACAUACAUACAUACACACACACACACACCCCUAUCCUUGUGGCAAGACGAGUCACAUACAUACACACACACACAGAGCGUUUUAACAAACCACUUUCUAAAAUCUAAGAAUAACAGCAACUCCAGAUCAGUGUUAAAAACAGUACCAUACUGGCUAAUAAUGUAUGUGUAUACAACAAGGUUACAAUGAAGUUUGUUCUAAGAAGGUUAGUUCUUACACCUUUCAGCUUUCCUAAUCUAGCAUUUAAAAUAAAAAUCAAAACAUUUACCACAACAAUUUAUUAGUGUGUGAAUAACCUCUUUAAGACUGCAAUAGACCCUUAAAGAUAUUAACCUUAGCGUUAAGAACUCACUGGGCAAUCUCAAACUGGGGGAAAUGUUUUAAAUCCCCCAAAAACUGAACACAUGCGUGUAAAUACGCAGGUCAAAUGGUCUAUAAAGAUUUGAUAGGAUUUGUAUGUGCAUUUAAAAGAUGUGGAUAUGUGUUGCGAACAACCUCCAUUCUCAACAUGUUCGUUUCUCUGAUUCCACUCUCCAUAUAUCUGUUUGCUAUUUUGCUGUAUGUUAUUUUGACUUCUAUCACAAUGACGUGAUUGGUCUGUAAACUAAUAUUUUGCCUGUGGCAGAGAAUAUAUAUUAUCAAUCAGUGAAAUAACCAACAAUUGUUGGUGCCCUUCAUUAAAGCUAGAGAGAAUCAUAUUCUAUCAAACCUUACUGGAAAAAGAACGUCACCCACCUGUUUCUACCCAUCAUGGGUAGUGAGGCUGCGGUCACACAUGGAUGAAAAAUGCAUAUGCAUCCGCCACUGUCCAAUCACCUCAUUUAAACUUCUCACAUAUAAGUUGCUUAUGUAAAAAAAAAAUGCACAAAACUGCUGAUAGACAUUUCUCAUUUCUGUAGCACAUCAACCUACAGAAAAUCCUUUUGGCUCAAUAUGUUUUAGAUUUUGUGAAUCCAUCGAUCAGGCUACAACACUACAGUUAAUGAUAAUGCUGUCUACUAAUACAAUAAUGACUUGUUUCAGUUAAAUACCAUAUGUGUAAAGGAUUUAUAUUAGUUUCCGCUAUAUUCUGUGUAAAUCAGCCUUGUGUGUGUAUCUCUCUUUCUUUUAUAUAUAUUAUUGUUAAAUAUAUCUUUGUCAAAACAAACAUGACUUUCCCUAAAACCUUGGUAGCAUUAAGAUCAUUUUAAGUCCAUUGCUAGGCAAUUUCUAUUUUCCUUUAACACAGUCACCAUCUUCUAAUUGUUUGUCAGUCACCAACUAUUGUACAUCCCAAGCAAAAGUGUACGUUCACUAUAAUUUAAGUUGCCAUGAUGAGCUGUUGUUGAAUAGUUGUAUUUAUUUGUUUUGAAUUGUACAAAGGAGUUUAUUUUCAUUAAAGCCCUGAUAGAAUUGUGACCCAUUUCACUAUUCUUGGUUGUAAUUGUUUUAUGGACCUUACUAUCACAUUCUGGAAUUCACUAUUGUAAUGAUGACAAUAACUGUAGAAGAUAUAGUUUGUAAUAAAUGUUAUUGCGUUGUAUAUUUACUGAUGGAUGGCUACAGCUCUUUGUCUUGAGGUUAUGUCAUUUAGUCACUGGAGGGCCACAUGCAGUAGGUUGACACAGGAAUAUACUGGAAGUUUGGUAUCUGGUAGACAAGAUUGUAUUGAAUCUAAGGUCUAGGACUGAGCUAGAACUAUUGUCGGCUGAUCAUAUCUAUUAAUUGAUGCAACCAAUAAAAAUUCACUCCAACAACC